CAUCUUGUAUUUCUAGCACAGACAAUUUACUUUCUGCAAACGCGUAACUAGUGGAAUAUUUACAGCAAGUUUUAAUUUUAAGAACAUCUGGAAUCCCCACCUGACUUAAUACUUCUUGCCAAGUCGUUUUUCUUCCAUUUGCUUUCGAACUCUUGUCGAAGCGCCUCGGAUAUUUUACACGGCUUCAUUGUUGUCUUUGCCAUGGCCUGUCUACAAUUAACGGGGUUUAUGAUCAGCUGUUUCGGCUGGAUUGGAAUUAUAGUUGCCACUGCCACAAAUGAAUGGGUUUUGACCUGCAAGUACGGGGUUUCUACCUGUAAGAAAAUGGACGAACUGGGAGCCAGAGGUCUGUGGGCAGAUUGUGUCAUUUCCACAGCGCUUUACCACUGCAAAUCCCUCAACCAAAUCCUCUCAUUGCCUGCCUACAUUCAGACGUCUCGAGCCCUGAUGAUCACAGCCUCUAUCCUGGGGCUGCCUGCCAUCCUCCUCGUGAUGAUGUCUCUACCGUGCAUCACUCUGGGCAGCGAACCACAAUCAAUAAAACACAAGCGUUCAGUACUGGGAGGAGUACUCGUUCUACUGGUAGCAUUCUGCGGAAUAAUAUCCACUGUCUGGUUCCCGAUCGGGGUGCACCACGAUUCUGGAUUGAUGACGUUCGGCUACUCGCUGUACGCAGGCUGGGUUGGCUCAGCGCUCUGCCUGUUUGGAGGCUCUAUGAUCAGCUGCUGCUCGGGAGAAUCUCCGCAGUACGAUGAAGACCGUUACUACUAUGCCAAACAAGGCGAGGACACCACAGCCUCUGCAAACCACGCCAAGAGCGCACAGGUGUGAGGGAGAAAUUGAAGGGGCCAUAUUCAAAAGACUCACCACACUAAACAAUAAAGACCAUACUGUGUACUGUGUACGUUGUUUGUAAAGCAUGAUAUGUUUUUUUUUAAUUUUUUUUAUUGUUUUUUGUUUGUUUGUUUUUUUUUUACAAACCCUUUGUGUUUGUGAAUAACAUUUUGUCCUUUGCAAUUUCUGCAUACAGACUUUUGUGUUAUCCCCAGCUGCAGAUGUGAACACAAAAAGGUUUACAUAUCUAGAGUUUUACAGGGGAACCCCUUGUUCAAUUAUGAUGAAACUGUAAAUCUAGAACGCUGCUUAUCCAAUUGUGAUAAGACUUGCUAAGACAUUCUUCAUUACAAACGAGAGCCAAACAAGACAAAGUCUGUGAGUGCGGGUGGGGGAGGGGUCUAAGGAGAUGUCUGUCUUUCUGUAUUUAAAUAAACAUGUUUUUGAGCUCUAUUAUGAAUGUUACGCACUAAUUUUGUUUAUGUCCUAUAACAAAUCAUUAUUAUCUUGAGAGCACCUGGUAGCUACAAUAUAUAAUGGCCUUAAAUUAAAUUAAUAUAAAAUCAAUACCAAUUGGUUUGGUAUUUUAUAUUGAACCCAUAACCCUCUAUUUUAGGGGUUCCUAUGAAAGACAAAUAAAACACAUUUGUACUGUAAAGAACACCAAGCAAGUGAAUGUUGUUUUUUUUUUUUUUUUUUUUUUUUUUUUUGAAAUUUGAUUUUUAACAGCAUGGGCAAAAUAGCCAAAUGACUAUAGAACUCACAUAAUGUACUUUAUAUGGUAAUUUAAACAAAAUGGAAACUGUGAACUAAAGCACCCCCCCCCCCCCUUUUGACAACAAAAGAUUUAGAAGUGAGUAGUUUUUCGAGAUUUACACUUAUACUGUAUUUACAUUUUUAAAAAAAUUUGUUAUACGGUGUAAUUCCCCAUUUGAAAAAAAGCUUGACAUUUGCCCUCUAGGUGGCAGACAAACUUUAUUCUCAGAAGUGCCUUAAUAAGAUGGUAUCCUGUAAGAUUCAAUUGAAUGCUUAUGGCACCUCUGUCCUUUUUUUGUGCUAAAUGAAAGUAACUAUGAUAACGGUGCCAUUAAGUAAACACUGCAUACAAUGCCAGAAAAUAAACCACCCGAGAUUGGUGUUAUUUAGUAAUUUUAAAACUAUGCAAUGAAUAUAGAUAAUUACAUGUGAACAUGUAUACCUUGGGGAUAAUGUCAACCAAAUAAAUAUAUAAUUAAAUGUA